AUGUAUGAGGCCCUUCAGGUGCAGCUUCGCGUCCCCUCCCGGAGUGGGGUUGGAGCCCUUGGGGUGCGCGGGGAGCCACGGGGCGGGGGGGGGGGGGAGAAAGCCUCGUUGGCUCCUGAGGCCGGGGCCGUCUCAACUUUCAGCAGCGCAUUUAAGAAAAGGUGGAAACUGGAUCCGUCUCGGAGGCGCCCCCGCCCCGCCAGCCCCGACGGCCGGACCGCGCUGCCGGGUGGCUCGCUUUGCGCUGAGCGGUGUCUAGUUCUCAACAGCAGGCAGCCUUUGUUCCCGGCGGCGCAGAGGCCAGACACCUGUGAGGCCGCAGAGCUGAAAAAGCGUAGUGGUAAGGACGCAGCGGGGAGCCCUGCCGUCCCCGCUCCAGCCCUGUACCCCUGGCUCCGGGUGGGCCCACUGACACAACUCAGCCUUGCGCACCUUUCUUCGGGGGAGACUGCGGAGAUCCGUCCGUCCCCGCACCUCUGCGCCGGAGCCGGCGGGCCUCUCUCCGGCCGCGCGGUCCCGGGCGCGCCGCGCACCCUUUUCCCCUCGGCCUCCGGGGCCCCCGUGCCUCUCCGGCCCUGCCCCGCCUGCCGCGCGGAGGCGGCUCCUCAGGUGGCAGAGCCGGGGCCUCCCCCAGCAGACCUGUCACCCGACACCCAGGAAGCGCGCGGCCCCAUCCCGGCUCCUCUUUGUUCCCCCGCCGGGCUCCUGCUCGGGCGCCGCCUCCUCCCGCGUAGCGCGGUGGAGGUUCGGGGCGCCGCCCUCGGCCGGGACGUGCCCCGGGCUCCGUCCAUCCGGCCCCCUCCGAACCAGGGCCCUUUUUGUCUUGUUUUUCCCAUGUGGACUCCGCGCGGAGCUGGGAGGCGGCGGUGCGCCCAGCCCGGAGCCGGCGCAGAGGCAGUGGGCCCUACAGAGAGGUGGACUGUGCCUCACAGAAGAGCUUCCUUAUGGUCCGUCAGGCCAUGAUUUAAGACAGGUAAGCUGUCCAUCUCUGGAAAUAUUCCAGCGAAGGUGUUGGGGUGCUGAGGUGGGUGGCAGCCUUAGAUGGGGGCUGAAGCAGAUGCCUUGUCACUGUGUCAGCGUCAUUUUAUGGUGAAGUUGGUUCCUUGCCCAACAGGUCGCUCGCAUCUCCCUAAACUCCCGAGCUGUGAUCUACACGUGAUUCAGCUCACGUGCACACAGCUUCUUAAAUGUCCAUAAAGGCUAUUGUGAUGAACAAGCUGCAAAUUAAUUGAAGAACUUUGGAUUCAUUAUGAAUCCAAAUGUGUCUUUUCUCAAACAGCAGAUACUGGAAAGCCAAUUACUGUAGUGGCAGCGCUGGUGGGCUGUGGGGUUUUUUUUGUUUUGUUUUGUUUUGUUUUAAAAAAAAGAUUUUAUUUAUUCAUGAGAGACACAGAGAGGCGGCAGAGACACAGGCAGAGGGAGAAGCAGGCCCCAUGUGGGGAGCCCAAUGUGGGACUCGAACCCGGGUCUCCAGGAUCACGCCCUGAGCUGAUGGUGGCGCUAAACUGCUGAGCCACCUGGGCUGCCCAGGCUGUGGGGUUUUGUUGGUGGGUCUGUCCCACGCAGGGUUCUCCAAGCUCUGCCAUUCAGUGUUGGCUGAAGCCUGACCUGAACCUUCCAAGCCUCCCCCUGCGCUGGCUCCACUGGGGUUUCUCAGGGUGAGAUGCUGGCUAGAAUAGGAGGCAGCAGGCCUUGGGGACAGUGACAGGGGUGGCACUGAAGGCCCCCUUUUCCCAGCCAUGUCCUCUGCCUAGUUCCAUCAGCAGACACCUGUGGAGGGUCUCCUGUGUGUCCUCCACCCCCCAGGGGCAUCCUCCCUGUCCUGGAGGUCCCCAGCUUCUGGGAGCCGGUUUUCUCUGGCCUCCACAGCUCUCCUGAGAAGGUGGCAUGGGGGCAGGCUGGGGGCCAGAAGCCUUUUGGACCAGGAGAGCAAGGACACAUCUGUGGAGGUUAUGGGGGAGGGAGGGGAGGUGCACACAGAGGUGCCCCUCAUGGGGAAACAGAUCCAUCCCUUCGCUGCCCACUGACAAGCCCACAAGUUUUUUUUUUUUUUUUUAAGAUUUUAUUUAUUCAUGAGAGACACAGAGCAAGAGAGAGAGAGAGGCAGAGACACAGGCAGAGGGAGAA